AGCUCCAAUUUGACCCUCAAAGAUUCGUACCCUAGAACUUACACAUUCACCUUAGCAUCAACACAAUGUCCAAACGAAUCCUCCUCACCGGAGCCAACGGCUUUAUCGGCUCAUGGGUGCUCGACCACCUCCUCAAACAAGGCCACUCCGUCCGCGCCAUACUCCGAUCUCAAACCAAAGCCCAGCAAGUCUCCUCCGACUUCCCCGCAUACAAAUCCCAUCUCGAUUUUGGCAUCGUCCCCGAUAUCACUGCGUCGGGAGCUUUUGACGAAGUAGUCAAAUCAGAUCCUUCUUUCGAUAUCGUAAUUCAUACUGCUUCUCCAUUUCUCUAUAAAGUCAUCACGGAUAAUCGUGAGUUUCUUGAUCCAGCGAUCAAGGGAACGAUGGGCAUUUUGGAGAGUGUGAAGAAAAAUGCGCCCGGAGUGAAGAGAGUGGUGGUUACGAGUAGUUGUGCGGCUGUUGUGGAUUUCGAUGCGGAAUUUGUUAGUCAGCCGCAAAAGGUUUAUACGGAGACAGAUUGGAAUCCUACUACAUGGGAGAGUGCAUUGCAUGGGACACCGAAUAAUGCAUAUCAAGCGAGUAAGAAGUUUGCGGAGUUGGCUGGUGAGUUAUUUUCUCUGGAUAUUGGAAUGAAAUAUUGGUACUAAUGAUUUGUAGCGUGGGACUUUGUGGAGAAGGAGGAACCGAAAUUUGAUCUGGUGACUUUGACACCUCCAAUGGUAUAUGGGCCGUUGAGACAUACCAUCUCAAGUACAAAUGACUUGAAUCAAUCAAAUUCGAGGAUCUACAAUGGAUUCGUCAAUUCAUCCAAGAAUGCUGAGCUACCUCCAAGUAAGUUUCUUCAACAUCCUCAUCGUCAUGGAAAUAGUGCUAAUUGACUAGAUGGCCUUCAUACAUUCACCGACGUUCGCGUAAGUACUUUUGCCACUUCCUCUUUCUAUUCAACUAUCUAACAAACCUCAAGGACUUAGCAGAGGCUCACGUACUGGCUGCAAUCCUCCCAGAGGCAUCAGGACAGCGAUUCAUCAUUUGUGAAGGGCAAAUCUCAUCUCAGAACAUCAGCGACAUUCUUCGCAAGAAUCUUCCAGAAUUGGAAGAAAGGACACCACAAGGCGCUCCAGGUGAUAAGGGACUAGAAGAUGGCUCUUUUACCUGUAGUAGUGAUAAGGCUGAGAAGGUCUUGGGAUUGAAAUUCAGGAGUAAGAAAGACACUUUUGUGGAUCUAGCAAGGCAGUUGUUGGAGAUUGAGAAGAGGGAGAAGGGUGGGGAGUGAGAGAUGUACAAAGCAAUGUUGACCUUUGGGAAGAACUGAAGGUUGCA